CUUCACAGGUGCAUCUCAGGUGCAGGGAUGCUCUUCACAGGUGCAUCUCAGGUGCAUCUCAGGUGCAGAGAUGCUCUUCACAGGUGCAUCUCAGGUGCAGAGAUGCUCUUCACAGGUGCAGAGAUGCUCUUCACAGGUGCAUCUCAGGUGCAGAGAUGCUCUUCACAGGUGCAGCUCAGGUGCAGAGAUGCUCUUCACAGGUGCAUCUCAGGUGCAGAGAUGCUCUUCACAGGUGCAUCUCAGGUGCAGAGAUGCUCUUCACAGGUGCAUCUCAGGUGCAGAGAUGCUCUUCACAGGUGCAUCUCAGGUGCAGAGAUGCUCUUCACAGGUGCAGCUCAGGUGCAGAGAUGCUCUUCACAGGUGCAUCUCAGGUAUAGAGAUGCUCUUCACAGGUGCAUCUCAGGUGCAGAGAUGCUCUUCACAGGUGCAUCUCAGGUGCAGAGAUGCUCUUCACAGGUGCAUCUCAGGUGCAGAGAUGCUCUUCACAGGUGCAGUUCAGGUACAGAGAUGCUCUUCACAGGUGCAGUUCAGGUGCAGAGAUGCUCUUCACAGGUGCAUCUCAGGUGCAGAGAUGUUCUUCACAGAUGCAGCUCAGGUGCAGAGAUACUCCUCAUACGUGCAGCUCAGGUCUCAAAUUUGAUGUGCUUCAGGGGGAAUGUGCUCUUAGGAAUUUGGUAAGUCUCAUAUGGGAUUUUGUUUAUAAGUUCAUUAUGUAUAGAACUUUAUUACAUUUAUUGCAGAACU